GGGGUGGGGUGGGGGCGCGUAACCGCCGCGCUCGUGGCGGGAUGCGGCUGCGGGCGCUGAGGCACCGCGGCACCGUGUGGGGAGCGCUGCCUUCCCCCGUGCCGCAUCGGGAAAGCGGCGCCGCGGAUGUCCUGUGUGCGGUGUGCUGGGCUGCCGGGUGCCGCCCAGCGCCGAUCCUCCAAGGGACACCGAGGCUGAGGCUGCAGCCGCAGCUCCCAGGAGGGGCUUUUAGAAGAGGACCGGCGCGAUCAGUUCGGUCUUUUUGGUGCUAUUCAGAUGGAAGAUAACUCUCCCUUUUAUCUACGCAGGUGGUUAUUCGACGGCUCCCUCCUUGUCUAACCAAGGAGCAGCUGGAGGAGCAGCUACACCCUCUCCCUGCUCAUGAUUAUUUUGAGUUUUGCACUGCUGAUCCCAGGUUUGGAGUACCCUGCAGUGGUUGAAUUUGCUCCAUUUCAGAAGAUUUCAAAAAAGAAGUUGAAAAAGAAAGAUGCCAAGGCUGGGAGCAUUGAAGAUGACCCAGAAUAUAGGAAAUUUUUAGAAAGUUACUGUGCUGAUGAAGAGAAAAUCUGUGCCAAUCCUGAGACUCUUUUGGGAGAGAUUGAGGCCAAAACAAGGGAACUCAUUGCUAGAAGAACAACACCCCUUUUGGAAUAUAUUAAAAAUAGAAAAUUAGAAAAGCAGAGAAUUCGAGAGGAGAAAAGGGAGGAACGAAGGCGGAGGGAAUUGGAGAAGAAGCGUCUGAGAGAAGAAGAGAAAAGGAAACGCAGAGAAGAGGAAAGACGUAAAAGGAAAGAAGCAGAGAAACAUAAGAAAAUUUCUGACAAAGAGAUAAGGAUCAAGCUUCUUAAGAAGCCUGAAAAAGGAGAUGAGCCAGCCAGUGAGAGGCACAAAGAAAAAGAUGAAGAAGCUGACACUGAAGAAAACAAGUGGGAUAAGUCUCCUGGACCUGGGAGUAUAAGAUCCAAGUCGUUGGAAGGUUCAUUAAAAGAGCUUAAGGAGAAGUCACAAAAUGAUAGUGACAAAGAGCAAAGAGAUUUGGAGAGAAGAUUUCGAGAAAAAGAACCUGAAAGGCAAAGGUAUCGACUGGAUGAUGGCAGAAAGCAUAGAACUCAUUAUGAGUUUGACAAGUUUGUGAGAAGGACUGAAGAAGAGCUGAAAUGGGGGAAAGGAUACAACCAAGACAGAGGAAAGAAAGGGAACCACAACUACAGCUUCACUGUGGAGGCAGUAGACAAACUGGGUAAAGAGGACAAGUGUGAUGACAUGGCAUCCAAAAAGGAGCGCAUAAGAAAUAAGGAUCGCCCAGCCAUGCAGCUGUACCAGCCAGGGGCUCGCAUCCGAACGCAUACGGGAUCCACGAGUAAAGCCUACGACUGCAGUGGGAAGUCUUCUGAAGAAGCUCUUGACAAAAAAUACGAGGUGGAUAACUCAGUGGGAGGUGGCUCUGAGAAGAGUGAGGAAGCAGAAUAAAACAAACUGGAGGAAAGACUUGUGGAAAGGGAUGAACUUCAGAUUCAACAUCGCCACAUAGAGCUGUUUCAGAAGCCCAACAUCAACAAAAGUGUCAUAGCUUUCUCUUACUUCCUCUGAAAUAAAGGAAAGAGUGACUGGAGAUGUAUAAAGUAUCUUACAACAAAGGGAUAUGAUUGCUUUUUUACAUAAAGCAGAGCGAACACCAUUUGCCCAAUGUAAAAGCAGUCUGAUGUUUUAUUAGAUUCACCUUGAGAUAUCAAAUCUCUAAUAGUUUUAAAGGAAUAUUUAUAGAAAACCUCAGAAGCGAUCUCACCUUUCCAAGUCUAAAGAAACAAAAUGUGGAUUUGUGUCAUUGUGAGGCCUGAAGCACUUCCAGUGUGUCUGGUGCCUGGCAGUCCCAGAGCCCCCUCCUGCACACGGUGGUGCUGCCCAGCGCUGUGCAGCCCGGGGAGCUCUGCAGCCAGCAGUGUGUGCAGGGCACAGGAAUGGCAGUGGGUGUCUGUAUGUACCUCGUUGUGUUCACAUUGUUUUUCAAUUAACUACAGCGUCUAACAAGUGUUAGUAAAGCUACAAGUGUGUUGUUAGAGUGUUUGUCAUUUUUGGAGCCACUUCUGCCUUUUAUGUUUUAAUGGAUUCUUGUACUUGAAGCAGAAAAAAGCUAACACAAACCUCAGCACUUAAACAGUGCGUCUGGUUUUCUUAAAUUAGCUGGGUUUUUUUUAUGGUUUUGACACUGACUUUUCAAAAAGUGAUUGUACAGUGAUGACCUUUUAUAUGCUGAUGUUUGAUGUGAGUUGCGGUUGCAGGAUCUGGACAAUGUGAGACACGUGAGAGUUCGAUCUGUUUGAAGAAAAACAAACACGAGUGUCAGCUGCAAAGUCCCAUUUUGUAAGAUCCAAGUCAGAUUCUGCCCUCUGAUGCAGACACAUACAUAUGUGUGUGUGUAUAUAUAUAUUUACAGUGUUUCCAUCGGUUUCAACAACAGCUGCAUGUUUAUGGAAGGGCAAAACUCACUCAUCUUUUACAGCUGAAAGUUUCACAGUCAUCCGAAACUGAGACCUGCUGUGUUGAUUAAGUUAAUUGUAAGACAUUCAUUUAUUUUUUACAUCCUCUUGGAGCAUUUUGUUAAGCAUAACAUUUAGUUGUUCUAGAACUGAAAAAUUAUUGAUUGUAUUUUCCAAGAUAUUAAGCAUUACGUGAAUAAAAGCAACAAGAUUUUCACUAUGAUUUUAAGAACUGA